AUGUCGUGCUGCCAGGACUGCUUCGACCUGAACUACGCGAUUCGGGCGUUAGCAACGAACGUUACCUCUGUCGUCGACGCGAACACGGGCGGCAUGGGAACGCAACUGGGCGUUCCGGCGGACGUGUGCGGGUUGUUCAAGGGGUCGGAAACGUGUGAAUUGCUCGUCGAGCAGCUCGUGUGCGCUGUCAGCUGCAACCCCGACUCGGGCAACUACUUCAGCAAGGCGACCGGCGCACCCAUCCUCAACAUCUGCACGGCCUUCGCGCAGCAGGUGUACGACGCGUGCGGCACCCUCUCGUUGGGCGAACUCAAAGUGGGUGAUUUCCUCUUCACGCCCGCCGAUCUGAUUCAGUCCGUGCUCGUCCCCGUUAUUAGCUCCGCCGUUCCCAACUUCAACGCCAGCAUCAAUGACGUGGGCUGCUACGGCGGACCGGAGCAGGUUCCCUCCACCCCGCUCUGCUGCGAUCCGCUCAACGUCCCCCGCCAAUGCCCCAAGGGCGCGGUCAACCUCACCGGCUCCGCGGGUAUCGUCGGGCGCAAACCCGCCGCCGCCAUCUGCGCGGACUUCCCCUACUCCGCCACCACCGUCCCGUUCAAGCGCGCGCCCCUCCCCGCCACCGCCGCGCCGGAGCUUCCGCCCGCGACGACCGGACCUCCCCGCGGAGGACAGCCCAAGCCGAACACGCCUGCCGACGCCCCCGCUACAACCGCCAACACCGGCAAGCCCAGCGAUCUCCCCGCGACCGCCAUGGCUCCCCCUGGUCCCAAGGGCGCUGCGUCGAAUCUGGUUUCCGCUGCUCUGGUGCUGCUCGCCACUGCCGUGGCUGCCGCUGUGGCUCUGUAA